AUGAUACAGCAAGCAAAAGAGGAAGAUCAAGGAAAGUAUGAAUGUGUUGCACGGAAUAUUCAUGGUGUUACACAUUCGAAAGCUGCACAUUUAUAUGUUAAAGUUCGACGAGUACCACCAUAUUUUUCAUAUAAACUUGAACGCUUGUAUAAAAUAGCACCAGGUGGUGCGCUUAAUUUAACUUGCGUUGCGGUUGGAUAUCCAAUGCCACGGGUAUUCUGGAAGAAAUCCUACGAUACAUAUCUUAACGAUCCACAAGCUGCACCAAUUGGUCGAAAUGUGCUAACAUUAACAAGAAUUGAGAAAACGGAAAAUUACACCUGUGUUGCUGUCAGCAAACUUGGUAACAUCGAAGCGAUGACAACUAUUGAAGUGAAAUCACUACCUCGUGCUCCACAGAAUUUACAAGUAUCUGAUAUAACAUCUAAUAGUGUUCGCGUAAGCUGGAAUCCGGUGUAUAUUAAAGAUGAACCGGUUACGAAAUAUAUCAUAAAAUAUCGCCAGAAGAAUGUUGCUACUAUGCCAACAUCAAUAUUUCCAGCUGAUAGUAUCGAAUAUGAUGAGGGAGCAUUCAAGCAGAAAGAAGUAAGCGCAAAUGUCACUACCACUGUUAUCACUGAAUUGGAACCUUAUCAAUUAUAUGAAAUCACAGUAUCAUCGGUGAAUGUAAUUGGCCGUGGUAGUGCAAGUUUGCCAAAAGAAGUGCAAACUGAUGAAGCAAAGCCAAGUAGUCCACCACAAAAGGUUCAGGCUCGAUCAUUAAGCCGAAAUUCCAUAUUAGUUCGCUGGGAACCACCAAAGAAAUCAAAUGGACAGAUUACGGGAUAUAUUGUUUACUAUACCAAUUUGGAACCAACAACAUCGUAUUCUUCAUGGAAAACACAAGAAACUAAAUCGGAUGAGCUAAUUGCAACGAUAGUUAAUUUGAAAUUUGAAAGUAUUUAUUACAUUCAUGUACAAGCAAGAAAUGCUAAAGGAUUAAGUCCAAUGUCACAACUGGCAACAGUUUUCACACGACAAGGAAUUCCGGGACAACCAACAGAUCUUACAGCAAAAGUUCUCGAUUCAAAUCGAAUUCAACUUACAUGGGAAAAACCGUUGCAUUCGUAUAAUAUUAUCGGUUAUUUAAUUCAUUUUAAUUCAUCAACCGGGAAUGCUAGAGAAUUAACGCUUACAAUACCGGUGGAAAAGCAUAUCAUUGAUGGUUUACUUCCUGAUACCUUUUACUCUUUCCGGGUGGCAGCUCAAUCAGCAAGAGGUAUUGGUGCAUUUUGUACGGAUGUUACGGUUAAAACACAUCCAAAUGUUCCGACAGCUUCACCAAAAAUUAUUAUUCUAAAAGCGCUUUCAUCGCAAUCUUUGUUUAUUCGUUGGAAGAUGCCAUUAUUAGAAUAUCAUAAGGAGAAAAUUCGAAAUUAUCUGAUACGUUGGCGUCCUGUUUUGGCAAAUAAUGAAACGGAUGGUAGUAAAAUGUGGCAAAGUGAUGAAGAUGACGAAAUAUCAUCCGGAAAAGGUGAAAAAAGCGAAAAACAAUGGUUGGAAAUGAUUCAAGAUGCUGCAUUAGAUAAUAGCGCAAUUAUCAAGGGAUUAAAUCCGCAUACGAUAUAUGAAGUAAGCAUUGCAGCCGGUAGCAAAAUGGGUUAUGGACCUGGUAGUGAACCGGAACAAGCGAAAACUGAUGAAGAUGGUUGGUAUUGCUUUUUUUUGUUGUUGUUUUGUGAUUUCAAUGCAUGCUUUUGUUUAUUUCAUUUUCUUAUAUGA